CAGGAGUUGGGAGGGGAAUUGCUCCUUCUAACGCUUCUAAGAGUCUAAGAACCUUGGAACGUCCGGAGUUUCACUCUUGGAAUGAACGGUCCUCACCGUUGCUUCACGGCUCAGCAUCGCUCGCCGCUCGGGGGAGGCCCCUGCACGCCGAACGGCGCGACCGCGACCGCCCCAAAGGACGACGCGUGGGCUCCGCUGGGCGCAUGGGCGUGCGAUGCACGGUGAUGAUGAUCUCACACCCUCUGGGCGGGCUCCGUGUCGAGGAGAAAGCUCCCCAUUCCGAGACGCUCUCAGUGAGCUACUCUCAGGCAAGAGCAGGUCAGACCAGAAACAGAUGGGAACUCGGUGCAGGGCGCGUGACUGGGGUCUUGAGAUGCACUGGGAUUUGUCAGAGGGACUUCGACCCAGAGAGAUGAGGGGCACAGAUCUGCAGAACCAUGGUGACAGAUCUGCAGAGGGCCACUGGGUCGCAGGCGAUCUUCAAGACUGGGAUGAGGGUGUGGAGACUGGGUCUGCGGAAGCUGCAUCAAGCUCCGGACCAAUCCUUCUGGAAGGCAAGCUAUCAGAUGCAGGCGAAGAUGCUCUCCCGAUGCAAUUCUUGAUGGUGAGCGGUGCCGGAUGUGAGCCAGUCAACGGUCAAUAUUCCCAUGUGGACCAAUUCGAAGGCAAGCCCCUUAUGCUUUCGCCUGUGGAUGGCGAGGCGACGACAGCUUCUCCAAACUACGGUUCACCACCCACUCUCUCCAAGGAACCCUGCACCGAUGUUCAAGAAAGUGAAACAGGAGAUGCGCGUGAUGAUCUUACUGGAUCUCCAGCUGCAUCAAGCCCUGGACACUCAGCUCUGUUAAAGUUGAGGUGAACUAAGCCCAAAAUUGAACCCAAUUUGUGCUUGUCUGUGGGGAUCCUUCAUGCAUCACUGCGAGGGAGUACACAGCCAGUUUCAUUUUAAGACCAGAUGCUGAAGGAGAGCUUUUGAUGGGUAGAGACAGCCCUGGUCACAUUCUCAAUGCAGACUUUCGACGCCCUUUUGUGCGCGUAUGUUCCUAGGGAUUGACCACAGAAUGUGGGAGUUCUUGAAUGAAUCUUAUGUAACCAGGAGUCACACAGGGGUGGUUUUUAGUCCCCAAGUGAGUGGAUGUUCUGGGCACCCCUAUCCUCCAAUAGGCACCCCUUUGUGACUGCUGGAAAGCAUUUCUUUACACACACUGCUUGUUUCCGAGGAAAGGUACCAGAUGAGAGUGUGACAGAGCCUGAGCAGGGUGUCGUGGUCGAAGGCGCUUGCAUCCGGCAGGACGAUUUCGCAUCUGAUUAUGCUUCGUCCUGGGCAUCACUCUCAUCCAUGUCAGAUGCAGCGGACAGUGGUGGCGAGGUUCUACCAGGCGACUUGAUGGUGAGAGGUGCAGGUUAUGGGCCAGUCAAUGGCCGAUAUUCUCAUGCUGGGGCUUUCGAGGGAAAGCGCAAGUACAAGCAGAUCGAUGGCAAGGCGAUCAUCUUGUUCAAGUUGGGGAGUUGGAGAUUAAAUGAUGGUGAUAAUACUGGUGGGUGGUGCUAUCAAGCGGAGAUUGAUUCACCAACGCCUUUGAGUAAGUGGGUGACAGCUUCUCCAAACUACGGUUCACCACCCACUCUCUCCAAGGAACCCUGCACCGAUGUUCAAGAAAGUGAAACAGGAGAUGCGCAUGAUGACCUUACUGGAUCUCCAGCUGCAUCAAGCCCUGGAGAGGUACCAGAUGAAACUGUGGAGCUGCCGGAGUGCAUUGUGGUCGAAGGUCUCGACGCGGAACGCUUCGUUCCGCGUCGCGCGCGGCACGGUGCCGCCCUGCCGCCGUUCCUGGUGGCGCGCGGCGCCGAGCGCGGGAAGAUCAACGGCCGAUAUGCGGCCGAGAGCGGGUACAAGCAGGUGGAGGGUGAGGCCAUCAUUUUCUUCAAAUGGGGCAAGUGGAGAUGGAAUGCUCUAGACCGCAGGGAUGGAUGGUUCUAUGAAGCCCCUCCGUGCGAAGGGAGCGACGGCAACCUGCCGCCCUUUGAACACUGGGUAACUCGUCCAUCGCUCGUGGGCGUAGCGCCAAGCCUUUCGUUGGGGAACUACCGAGAUAUCAAGGAAGGCGAUGUGGUGACCCUUGCAGAGUGCCCUGAUUUCGAUUGGACUGGAUGUCCUGAGGGCCCUGCCAAGAGGCUGUCCUUUUCAGGUACCUCGUGGACGGUGACGGUGCAUGAGCUUCGGGGAGAGUGGUUUUAUCCCCGGGAAUUUCCGGAGAAGAUCGCGCCACUGGCAGGCUUGGGUGCUGUGAGCUUGAUGGGCAAGGAGCACUGUGUCUCGGGCGGCGUGCUGCAAGAGGUCUAUGUGGCUUGUGAUCGAUCGGGUCUCAGCGGCUUCUAUGGUCAUCAUGGCAUGCACAAUGGAAAAGCCAUGUACCAGAAGUUGGAUCAGACUGCCAUGAUCUACUUCAGUGAAGAGUGGAAGAUUGGUGCCACCAUGGACCAGUGGACCUUCCGACAUCCCGGCCUUCCGGUCUCACAGCUCCCUUUGGGUCGAUGGGCUUCGAGCUCCACGUCCGCCACCGACCCUCCCAGCCUCGCGGCGGUGCCGCAACUGCUGCGCGUGGCCGGCACGGCGGAGCAGCUCCAGGGUCACUAUGCGCGUGCGGAGCAUCUGAAGGGGAGGCCGAUCUUCCGUCAGAUCGGCGGGCGCGGAGUGGUCGUGAGCGUAGGGCGGGGCUGGAAGAUCAAGCACGAAGAACGGGCGUCGGGCUGCUACUAUGAACACGGAGACCUCUCGGGCAGAUCGCCUCCCGCAGGUCAAUGGAGCUCCCUCAUAGGGGGAAAAGCAGCAGAGGUAGAACAUGUCGCUUUGAUUCCAGCAACUGACACUGCUCCGAGAUUUAUUUGGGUUCGGGGUGCCAGCGAUGAAGCAAAGGUGGUGAAUGGCUGCUACGUGUGCAUGGGGUCAAGCAAUGGCAAGCCCAAAUACAUGCAAAUAGGCGCUUCGGGGAUCAUCUAUUUUGCCGGGAAUUGGAAGAUUCACAGCGAGAAUUCGGAGGAUUCUUGGUUCUACAAGCAUCCGGAUCCAAUUCUCCCAAUUCCGCCCACCUUCGGGUGGACGACGGAAGGCUACACCCUGGGCCAGCCCGAAGUGCCAUUCCUUCAGCCACAGCCGAGGUAUUUGGAGCAAGAACCCGAGCCAGGGCAGCCACUUCCCUUCUUUGAGGUUCGAGGUGCCGGGUUGCCCUCUGUGAAUGGCCGCUUCUCCAAAAGCACGAGACCGGCGGUCUCCGACCGGCCGGUCUACCAAUGUGCUGGCUCGACCUCGAGCGCAGUGAUGUAUUUCAAGAAGGGCAAGUGGAAUUUGCACCGCAACAAUCGAUUCGAUGGUUGUCAAUUUGACUAUGAAGGUCCUUCCAGUGGCCCUGAGCACGGCUCGCCCCUGCCACCGACUCAAUGGUUCCCCAGGGAUGGACCUGGACCGGCGCCCUCUCUUUGGUUGGGGACCCGGCGCGACCUUCGAGAAGGUGAUGUGGUGGACUUUCGAGAGGUCUCCAGCAAAGUGAACUGGUUUGGAUGUCCGGAAGAGAACGGCCUCAUGAGGCUGCACUUUCAUGUGGGCACGAAAGCCACCAUCCGACGCGUCGCAGGCGACUGGUUCUAUGCCGAGAAUCCAUCCAAAGUGGCGCCCUUGGCAGCUGUAAGGCAUUUGUAUUUGAAGGAUACACCUCAUUGCUUUCAUGAGCCGCCGCAGAUAGCGGAUGCAAGCUCUCGAGAUGCCACGGUGGAGGCAGAGCAGGUUGAAGGUGGCUAUGAUGAGGAAUGGAGGGCAGAGCAAGAUGUGGAAAGAUUCCGAUGUCCCAUUUGCAUGCUGGUGGCCCGCGAUGCUAUGGCACAUGGUUGUGGCUCCGUGCUGUUUUGUGAGCUUUGCUGGCUGAAAUGCAUCGCUGAGGAUAGCAAAUGCCCUGUUUGCCGCGAGCACGGCUCCAGCAUCGCGCCAGCACAUGUUGAACGGAGAUCCAUCAAGAACCUCCUGGUGAAAUGCUCCAACAAGUGUGGUGCGAGCUUCCAUUUGGUGGAGAAGGCGGAGCAUCGGAAGGAGUGUCCCAAGCGCCAAGUGACCUGUGCUGCCUGCCAGACCUUCUAUGAUGCGGAUCGCGAAGAAGAACACCAAGAGGAAUGCGAAGCUAAGUGGAAGAAGUGUCAACUAUGUGGAGAUCAGGUGGCGUUGGAGGAGCUGGAGGCCCACUAUGCUAGCCAUCACUUCGCUGAGCUGGUGCAACUGGUCGAGCUCAGGGAAGAAGUGGCACAGCUACGAGAGGAAGUGAGGCACUUGAGAGGGGAUGCCAGAAUGAGGGGAGGAGACAGGCCCCGAGCGAGCGCUCCAAACCAUGGUUACGACGAUUGUUUCGAGAUCGACUCCGACCGUGGAGGGGCCUUGUUCCGACUUCCGGAAUUUUCUGCCUCCGACCCCGAAAGGGCGAGCUCAGUUCCGGAAUUUUCGGCAACUGACUCGGAUUUUUAGCGUCCAAGUCCUCAAGCGAUGGGGCGUCGAGUGUGCUUUGGAGUAUGCGGUUUUUCGUACGUCGUGUAAACUGCAGCUCCAGCACAUUCGACUGGUUGCUUUUUACAGCAGCAACUCUUAUCUAUUUGCAUUCGGAGCUGGAGGAUUUCCUCGUCCAAGACGAGACUUGAAUCACUUGAAUCAAGCCCGAUCAAAAGCACAAGCCCUCGGAUGCACAAAAAAGCACACGCAUCGGACUAUCAGACCUGUUGGAUCUUCGCUCGACCGUGUUGGAUGCCAUGGCGAUGUCCUUUGCUUUUCC